CUAGCAUCAUGAAACUUUCAUCCGUUUCCCAUACCCCUCCUCCUGCUGCCUUUCAAUUCCAACUGCUUUGCAUAGUCUUGCCAUCUUCUGGGGUGCCUGUAAGUUCUUCUGUGCUGGGUGCUGCAAUGAGAUGAAUUUGCUAAAUCUAUUAAUGUAUUGUACUAAGCAAACCUGGAAUUGUACAUUCAGAGAGACUGUGUUGGAAAGAACCUGGCAGGCGAAGUGCAGAGCUUGGCUAGCACAAUUUUUCUGCCUUGUAUGGCCUGAGGAGUUGGCAGAAUCUUUGAGAGAAUAAUAAGUUCUGCUGGAAGUCACCAUUUUCUGACUUAUUUUAACAGUCUUUUAAACGAAUGUUUCAGUAUCACCUUUUGCAGGCUCUGGAGAUCAUUUUUUAACAUGAGCUGCUUCAGAAAACAGAAGAAAAAUUGUCAUGCAAAACAGUUCAAUAGUUUCAUUUGCAUGAAAGAAAACAAAAAGCAUCUUCAAACACAAGAACAAAAAAUUAAGUAGGUAAUACUUCUGGUAUAGCUGGGCUGUCAAAACUGGGAGAACUGUCUGCAGAAGAGGAGCACAGAUGUGUGGGGUUGCUUUCAAAGAGGAGAGGUCCACAUGUGGAUGUACUGCUGGUUGCAUUUUAUUUAUAUUUUUCAUUUGCAGCUCAGUAGUCCCCAAGGAAAGGGCGAUGUCAGUAGCUAUAUUCCUCCCUUUGCUGUGCCCACUUGCUGUUUCUAAUAAUAAUUCUUUCUCCUCUCUGUAAUGCUGCUGCAUUACAACACCGUCUUUAGUGCAGGGAAGACCUCCUCCUUUCCUGAGCUGCUCGUGAUAGUAGUUCUUCCUUUGUACAGCACCAAAUACCACCCCCUCCGGAGCAUAAUAAGCCAAAACCAGUGCAUGAGGGAGCUAAUUUUAUUUUCCUUCUCAGUCAGCUGGAAGAGCCAGCUUCACCUAUAAUUUAACGUCUCCUGUUGUCCUUUUCUUUCUAUCUUCCCAUCUUUCCUUCAUAUUCAGGCAUGUGCUGUGGCUGAGUGAAACCAGGGUUUAAAUUGCAGCAGCGGCUGUCACAUGUCUGUAACGAAAAUGCUUCUUUGAAUUUGAGCUCUGUGGAAGAAUUACGUUCUGGCAGCUUUUCUAAAGAUACCUCACAGAAGGAAACUGUCAUGCUUAUUACUACCUCACUUAAUUCUUUGCUGCUUUUAUUUCUUUCUUGGUUGAAACCCUUAUUUCUUUUCCUGGUUAUUUUUUCCUAGAAGGAAAACUGUUUGCCCAUGAUGUGAUUCAGUCUGAAUAUUUUAUAAUGUAUUUUCUGUAUGGUGUUAUUUUAUAAUCAUCACAAAGAUACAUUUGACAUGUAGUGAGUAAGGACCCAGUCCAUUCUGAGCAGGACUCAUGCUUACAGUUAAAAGUGUAACCUUUAAAGAUUUUUCAGUAGGACUUUCCACAGUACUGUGUACAUGUGUAAAUACACUGGAUAGUUUAGAAGUGCUCCUGUUUUCUGAGUGUAAUAUGUGGCAGAGCCAGAACAUGCCUUUAAUUAUCCUGCAAGAGAGUGGAACUUCAUCUCAUGCAUUGUCGCUGUCCAAAGUGGAUUAUUUGGAGCAUACCUGUUCUGUCAUCCUGGAGGUGUUAUGUCUGUUGCAUCCAUUCUAUCCCAGAGGCAAUUGUGCUUGCAUCUUCAGGUCAUUAAGAACAGAGAUGGUUUCAUAACUGUCUGGGUAACUAAGGUUUCAUUUCAUUCUACUUUUAACUGUGAUUUAGCUGUUUUAUUAAGAAAUAACCCAGAAACAAAGAGGGCAUAUUGAGGCUUCUGCGUUUAAUUUAUUAUGUACUAAUGGAGUAGCUUUUCAUAAGCACCCAGAAUCUUCUCCAUUCAUUCUGUUCAAGUGUCUUAUGGUCACCUCUCUCCCUCUAGAAGCAUCAGUAGAAAAUGAGAUUAAUUUUUGCAUCUGUCUUACUGUUUAAGUGCUUCAGGUUGAGUGAGAGGAAUACCAUCAAAGUGUUUGGCAAACAAUGAAGUAAGGCUAAGCAUGCCUGAAAAGCUGGUAGAUAAAAUUUUCAGACCAUGAUCCAGGACAGAGUUUUUUGAGUUACUCAGAGUUCUGUUCAAAGGUCGUUCUAGCGUAAGCAUUAAAUGUGUAAUUCAAAGCAUGCUGAUGAAAGUAUGCACUGAAUGUUUUAUUCCACAUCUAACAUGGAAGUCUUUCUUUUAUAUGAUAUGAAAUACAUACGGCAAUCCAGAUUAGAACUGGGUCGAAGGCAUAUUUGGAGUGCUGAAUGGUAAGGAUGUUUUCACAGCAGCAACUAUUGUUAUCAGUUUUUUUAGUUUACUACUAUUAGCUGUAUUUCAGUCUUUUUGUAUCAACAUCCUAUUGCUGAGUACUGGUUGUAAUGGAAGUUAAAAUUGGGAAUAAAUUUAGAAGUUUUAGCAGAAGUUCUGGGAAAAUUUUGCCAUCACACACAUGCAAAGUUUGAGGUGUAGUACCAUAAUGAUCUAAGUACACGUCUUUGUUUUAAACCACUGUUUUGGUCAUGAUAGGUAAUAGUGCUUUACAACGAUAAUCUUCCAUGGAACACUGAGCACAUUCCAUGUUUGCGAUGGUCGUCACCUGCUUAAAUAAUAUCAGAUGUUGGGGUAAUAAUAUGCAUUGGAACUGUUGAAUUUUUCAACACAAUCUAGUUUUUAUUGUCUUUGCUAAGUUCACGUGACAUACAGUUGUAUCAGAAGUCUUCUAUUGUUGUAAGGCAGGCAGGUCCUCUAUACAUAAAACCCAAGGUUCCUUCUUGCAAAUGAACCUGAACUUUUUUUUUAAGAACUCAUUUUAGAGGACACAGGGUUAUUCCUUCCUUUCAUAUCUGUGUUUCUGCUACUUCACUUUUUGUGGUUUUUUUAGUUUUGUGGUUUGUUUUGGUUGGAUUUUUUUUUUCUUUAGGUCUCUGCUUUUGGUGCUUGUGGCAACUUCACUGAAGUGGAACUUGAUCAGACAUUUAUGUUUUGAUCUCUAAAGCAAUAAAAGCUGAAGCUUUGAUCUGCUCUAGAGUGCCUGGUCUACCACAGUGGAGUGCUGCAGAAUCAGAGGGCCUCGCCGCAGGAUUUAGGUCACCCUUGCUGCGGAGCACACAGGACCUGGGGACUGAGUUUGCCCUAAAAGAAAUCAUGUCAUCAGGAGGAGCUGAAGAUGAUAUUCCUCAAGCAGAGAGGAAAACAGUGACAGACUUUUGCUACUUAUUGGAUAAAUCUAAACAGCUAUUCAAUGGCUUAAGAGAUUUACCUCAGUAUGGGCAAAAGCAGUGGCAAUCCUAUUUUGGGAGAACAUUUGAUGUUUACACCAAACUCUGGAAGUUUCAACAGCAACAUCGACAAGUAUUGGACAAUCGGUAUGGGUUGAAGCGGUGGCAAAUUGGGGAAAUUGCUUCCAAGAUUGGGCAGCUCUAUUACCAUUAUUACUUGCGCACUUCAGAAACCAGCUAUCUCAAUGAAGCUUUCUCCUUCUAUUCAGCAAUUAGGCAGAGGUCAUACUACUCCCAAGUCAACAAAGAAGACAGGCCUGAAUUAGUGGUUAAGAAGCUGCGUUACUAUGCAAGGUUUAUAGUGGUUUGUCUCUUGCUCAACAAAAUGGAUGUUGUAAAGGACCUUGUAAAGGAGCUGUCAGAUGAAAUUGAAGACUACACUCAUCGUUUUAAUACUGAAGAUCAGGUGGAGUGGAACCUGGUUCUUCAGGAAGUGGCAGCAUUUAUUGAGGCAGACCCUGUCAUGGUUUUAAAUGACGACAACACCAUUGUAAUCACCUCUAACAGGCUUUCUGAAACAGGAGCUCCGUUGCUAGAGCAGGGGAUGAUAGUGGGACAGCUUGCUCUUGCAGAUGCGCUGAUUAUUGGGAACUGCAACAACCAGGUCAAGUUCAGUGAAUUAACAAUUGAUAUGUUCCGAAUGCUACAAGCACUUGAAAGGGAACCAAUGAAUUUAGCAUCACAAAUGAACAAACCUGGAAUGCAGGAAUCCACGGAGAAACCAGCCAGGCGGGAAAACCCCCAUAAAUAUCUACUUUAUAAGCCAACUUUUAGCCAGCUAUAUACGUUUUUAGCAGCAUCAUUUAAGGAGCUGCCUGCAAACAGUGUACUGCUGAUUUACUUGUCUGCCACGGGCGUGUUUCCAUCAGGUCGUUCGGAUAGUGAAGGUCCAUAUGAUUUUGGUGGUGUUCUGACAAACAGUAACCGAGACAUUAUAAAUGGGGAUGCUAUCCACAAGCGAAACCAAUCUUACAAGGAGAUGCACUGUCUUCACCCUGGAGAUCUCUACCCUUUCACAAGAAAGCCCCUGUUUAUCAUUGUGGACUCUUCAAACAGUGUUGCCUAUAAGAAUUUCACAAACUUAUUUGGACAACCAUUGGUGUGCUUGCUUUCUCCAACAGCAUAUCCAAAAGCAUUACAAGAUCAGUCUCAGCGGGGUAGCCUCUUCACACUCUUUCUGAACAAUCCUUUAAUGGCAUUCCUAUUUGUCUCUGGAUUAUCAAGCAUGCGCAGAGGAUUGUGGGAGAAGUGUCAAGAUUACCUUAGAAAAAUCAACCGAGAUAUUGCCCAGCUGCUGACCCACUCCCGAUCCAUAGAUCAGUCCUUUCUUCAGUUUUUUGGGGAUGAAUUCCUUCGCUUGCUUCUAACAAGAUUUAUCUUCUGUUCUGCUACUAUGAGGAUGCACAAAAUUUUCCGGCAGGAGACUCGAAAUUAUCCAGAAUCUUAUCCUCAGCUGCCACGAGAUGAAACGGUGGAGAACCCUCACCUCCAAAAGCACAUUUUGGAGCUGGCUUCCAUACUGGAUGUUAGGAAUGUUUUCCUGGAAAACACCCUCGAUGACUAUUAAAAGAAACUGUCUUACUGCAAAGGGGAUUCCCUGGCCACAGAUUUUGAAUGGUGCAGUUUUAUAAUGUGAAAAUCAUAAAAGGAAGUACUUGAUUUUAUUUUUAAAUUUAGGACCAUUAUUUUAAAAAGUAAUAAUAAACAGCUGUUAGUUUAGCUGUUCCAUUCUGUAUGGGGUCAAUUUUAUAAGCAGAGGUUUUCAUGUCUUUUAAAUGGUAAAGAAUCACUAGAGGUUUAUUUCUGGUCUUGUGGCUAGCAACCACAUUUCCAGCAGCUGAUCCUAAGCAUAGAAGUACUAUUGGUUACCUUUAGCCCACAUUUGUGGAAAUCCUUUAUUUUUAUACAAUUUUAAGAAAUUGGAAAAAAUCAAUAGAAAAACAGUAUUUUAUCCCCAAAGAGUCUGGAUUUUAAAUGGUAAGGAUGGAACCACACAGUACAAACCAACAAUAGCAAUAAAACAGAGUCCUUCAUAACAAAUAUAUUUUUUCAGUCUUAGGCAAGUGAGUAGACAAAACUGUGGACAAUGAAGUUGCAUUUGGAGCAGUGGGUUUGAAGUGAACUUGUAAAGAUACUUAAUGCUCCCUAUAAAUUGAAUGCAGCGAUUUUAUGUAAGAAAUUUGUACUGUUGGCCAAGGACACAAUUUCCACUCUGCCUGAUUGGGCAGACAGUUAGCAGAUUAACAAAUUACACAGCUAAGAAAGCUAGCCGCCAUCUCUCGCUGUAAUAUGGGUCAUCUUGCCAUUUGUAUUGCUGCCGCAAUUUUCCAGGAGGAGGGGGUGUUCUUCAUUUUGAGGUACCAGAUAGAAAUUCUUACAUUUGCAGCUAGCGUUAUCCCUCCUUUCUGUGUGUGGAUGGAAUGUGUGGCUCCCACAGUGUUACCAGUCCCUGACAGGAGCUGAAAGAAUGUCCCAUAGGGUGCUGAAUAUAAGCCCUUUAUCUGACCCAUCUGCGAUGGAUCCCAGUGCCCUAAGAGAGAUGCUGACACUCCUCUUGCAGGUUAAACAAAGUGGGUGCUACCGUAAAGCCCUGUUAAAUUUUUUGCAUGCCCACCAUUGCAUCUCAGUCCUAUCUUUGAACCAGUGAAACUGAGGAGCCAUAAUUACAUGUGGGAGUGCUACUGGCUCCCUCAGCCCAUAAUGCUGAGUCUGGGUAUGUUAAGGAGUACAGCAGCCUCUGUAAAGGCUUAUUCUGACUGCUGGGAAAAGUGCUUGCAGACUCAUUUGGACUGUACUGCCUUCCUUGCAAAAGGUCCUCUAGCUCUGCAACUCCUGACAGCGAAGGUGUGAGCAAGGAGAAGGAAACAAAAAUAUUUUAAACUGUUAAAUGGAAAAGUCUGUUGUCACUCUCCCAUGGGCUGCUAGAAAAGAAGUGAAAGGACGAGUCUAAUCAGUGCUUCUAUGUUGAACACCAGCCAUGCCUCUGUUUUCAGGUGGAAAAAAUGUAGAACUUGGUGACUACCAUAGUGUCACAGUAGGCCUGUUUGCAAUGCCAUCAUACAAAGUAUAUGAUCUAGUCAGCCAGAAUAGUGAAGGGCAGCAGGUCAGCACUGGUGGACCCCAUUCAGCUGAGGAGAGCACAGUAUGGAACAGCAAGAAUUGCUGGAGUGUAGGUGGGAAGUUUGCAUGAAGGUUCUUUGUAGCUGGGCUGAAGCUUAUGCCAUCCAUUCUUUAAUUUCCCAAGUGUAAAAAAUUCUAUGAAUGCUAGUGUUUGUUCUAAGCAGUCUUGGCGCUGGUAUAUAUUGAGCCCCCCACCACUUGGUGCUGCUCUUUGGACUAUGGCAGGACUUCAUUACCUGGGAUGUGGAGUUCAUUUUAAAGAGUGUGUGUUUGUGUGUGUGCAUGUGUAUUCUAGGCGUUUGUGUGUAUAUGUACAAUACACAUACAUCUACUGGCUGGUGUAAAUUGUAAAUAUGUAUAUAUGUAUAGGUACUUGUAUAUGUAUUAAAAAGAAUGAAACACUACAAUGUCUACAUACAAAAUUUAUAUAUACACACAUACGCCAUUUUGGGUGCAUUCCACGAGGUGUUGCAGACCAUCUGUGGUUGUAGUAAAGGUUAUGGCUCUUCUGCCAUUGUAAUUGGCUGUUUCCAGGGCCUUAUGCUUGGACCUUCAAGUCACUCAUAAUUGAUUGCAGGUACAGGAGACCUUAGUUAGCCAGGGGAAUGAGUUCUCCUGUAUGUAUUACAGUGAUUCAUAUAUUCUUAACUGUGAAGCUGAUGAUCUUUCUUUCUGGUAGGAGGUCCUCAGUUAUUAAAAUAUGGGAUUGCAUGUAGAAGCUGAAUAUACAGAAAGCCUUUAAUGCAGCGGCAAGAAACAGGUUAUCUGUUACCCUGGCUGCUGCUGUCCUUCCACAUGCAGCGUUCAACUUGCAUGGAAAAGGGAAUUUAGUUUUCCCCAGCUCACUGCCUUUCAUCCAAAUGCUUUUGUUUUGUUUUAGCUUUUGCUUUGAUGAAGCGAUUCUCAUUUUGGUUCCAUAUUAUCUGGAGAAGAGUAUGCUACUUCUAAGUUUAGCAGUGAUGGUGAUUCCAUAAGUGUGGGCUGGAGAACCUCUGUGGGACGUUGCUUGUUAACUGACUGGGAAAGCCUUGGCAGACCCAGUCUUCAUUUUAGCUGGGCUGAAGCGAGGAGUCCUUGCUUAUGAUCUGUGAGGCUUCUAAUCCACUUUGCAGCCCUAAAAAGAGGUUCUGUUUGCUUGUUACCAAGGUAGAUCUAAUCAGAGGAGAAUGCACGUAAAAAAAAAUAAAACAAAAACCUGAAGCUGGAAUGUAGGAGGAGAAUAUAAGGCCAUGAAAAUUAGUUCAGAGGUUGAACUUACAAGCGAUGACUGUCCAAGUCAAAAAUUCAUUCUUGAGGUCCCUCAUUCUCUUCUUGCCUACUGACCUUUUGUUCAGAAGGUAUGCUGCUGGCAGGGAUAUGCGAAGAUAAAGAUUUAACUCCUGUUUUGUGGGUAGGAGUAUGAAAUUGUACUUUGUAACCAGAAGGCUGAUACCCUCAGUCUGCUCUAGCUGUAGAUGAGAUGAGUAUCUGGUCUUGGAUUUUGAGCCAGCCCCCUCCCCUCCUACCCAAAGCAACUGCGUUCAAGAUGAAAAUACUGAUAUUUCCCCCUCCAAGUAAAAGCUUGUCUUGUUUGAACUUAAGUCAUUCUAAACUUGUGCUACUGUGUGCUGUGGUCGUAGGUACCUUCUUGAUGUAUGCUUGUAUGUAUUGAAGAACAAUUCGGUUUAUGUAUCUAGCAGUCCUCAGUGUGGAAGUGAAGCAAAGACUGAACCAUUUUUAAGUGAGAAGAGAGCAAAUUCCUUUUCUUCUCGGGCCUAAUGCCUCCCCUCUUGUCUCGUUUUCCCUUUCUCCAUAUAUCUUUAUUGCUUAUGUUAGCAGAGAUGACUUGCCACCACCAGGCAAUACUGAAUUCAAGCGGUAAAUUGUGUAUGUAAUACAUCGAGAGAAGAAUGUGAACUGGACUGAAUGUGUCCUUACUGGACUACUGCUGCCAAGCUCCCUGCUUACUGCACGUGGUAUGUUCAAACGAAUCCUCCUCUCGCAGUAGGCACCUCUGUAUUCCCGUUCAAACUGGCUGGAGAACAUCUAGCCAAAGUUACUGCUGUUGUCUUCUGUUUAUUCGCCUUUGACUUCUCAAAAUAACAAUGACGGGGGAAUACAGGGUUAUGAGUCUUUAAUGCUCUGGUUUUUAAUUACUGUUGGGAUGUGAUGUGUCAUUUUGCUUCAUGCGCAAGCUAAAUGGAGCACUAACUUCUGUGAGCUGUGCAAACUGGACUUGAUCCCCGGAGUGUUUUCUUGAGAAAUUUCAGGACAGUUUAUUUGGGUAUUUCAUCAGAAUAAUAACUGUCAAGUGGUGACUUACUAAACCCUUCAAGACUAUUCCCCAGGGAGAUGUGCAGAGAUGUCUUUUAAGGAUCAUAAGAAAUAGAUGGGGGAGACAGGAAAUUAGGCUUUGAAUAAUCAUCUUCAAAAGCUACAGCUUCAGUAGCUUUGGUCAGGCUUCUCCAAGGACGGGAUGGAAGUGCCGCUCUGAGAUUCGUCCCUGGCAUGCUAUUGUGAAGCACCUCCCCUGCCCCGCUGCCUUCCUUGUGCUGUAACUUCAUGCUGUGCUUCAAGUCUGCUUUUUCUUGAAAGCUAAAAAGCUUGGAAUCUGUCUGAACAAAUUUUUUGUCUUGAGGCUUCUUUUAAAAUCUUUAUUGAUGUUAGAUUCUUCAGCAACUGUUCUGACUACAGACCACCAACGAUAGCAGUGGCAGAGCCCUCAUUUAGUCCAGCCCGUUCCAUGGGAAAUGGCUGCUUCGUGUCAGUAGCUGAUCUGUGGUGGCUGCAGCAGCUCCCGGGGACUGAUGGAGCUCUGCAGGCAGUAACAGCAAGGGUAAUGUUACGAACUAGGCAGGGGGGAAAUCUAAUAUACAGCUGAAAGCUGCUUUGUGCAACUUGGUAACCUUAGAGUCGCUGCAGUCAGCCUCUGUGUGAGGGAUACUGGCACAGAGGACAAGGGUGAAGAUCUCCAGAGCAGAGAGAUUAUACAUUCCUGAGGUGGCUCUCUUACAUUUUUAAUAUCUCUGACUCUUAGAGCAAUACUGUUUCUGUGACCAAUGUGUUGAACAUCUGGAUGUCCACAAACAGAGCAGGGGAGGAACGCAUUGGACAUGUGUCUCUCCUUUUAUAUUUAGGAGUGAAAGUAAACUUUUUGUCCUGCCCCCUCCAAACCAUUGCUCUGUCAAGACGGAGAUUUAGUUCAAGAUUUCAGAAUCUGACAAAUCUUUCGGGGGAUUAAGGAGCAUCUCUGAAUUCGUAUCAACUAUCCCAGCUGAAAGAGCCUGGUUUCAUCUGGGUUGAGAGCAGAUUUCACUGCACCUUGCUGGCCCGGAGGAGCCCCUGAGCAGUGCGGAUCUUACCAGGUCCACCACCAGCAGCGGUUCCUGCCAGGGUGAAACCCUGUUGUGUCUGCCCUACUGACUUAGCAGGUUCCUUUCGGCAUGUGUUUGUCACCACUGUCAGUUGUCGGUGCCUGGUUCAGGAGCAGGAUUUGGCCUUGGGAGGCUGGGAACCACAAGUUGUUCUGCGCUGGUGGGAGGGAUGCGGGGAGCAGGCGGGAGGCGCCAGGGCUGGGGCGCAGGCCCCGAGGGCUCUGCCUGAGAAUCAGAUUAUUUAUUACCCAAAGUAAUUUUAUAGUGAAUUGGUUGAAAGUUAUUUUACAGCCAUGUGCCUGUAUAUCCUAUUUUGGUAAAAGCAGAUAUUUUACUUAAAAUGUGAGAGAGAUAUAAAUAAACUUUUUUGGUGCAAAUAACCGGUUUUUUUGCAAGAGAUCUGUAAACCGCCCAGGCGCUG